AUGGUGUUCAUUGACCUGGAGAAGCCAUAUGAUAAAGUCCCUCGGGAGGUCCUUUGGAGAUGCCUGGAGUCUAGAGGUGUGCCUGUGGCCUACAUCAGGGCGAUUAAGGACAUGUACAAUGGUGCCAAGACCCGGGUUGGGACAGUGGGAGAUGACAUAGUUUUGAUUAAUGAGACACGUAGUGGAGUUAACGAUAGGCUGGAAGUUUGUAAAACAACCUUAGAGUCUAAAGGUUUCAGGUUAAACAGGAUUAAGACUGAAUACAUAGAGCGCAAGUUCAAUGAUGUGACGCAAGAGAAAAAUGUGGAAGUGAAGAUCGAGGCACAAGUUAUACCUAAAAGAGGAAGCUUCAAGUAUCUUGGGUUCGUAAUACAAGGGGACGGAGAGAUUGAUGAUGACAUCUCACACUAUUAA